UUAUUAUCGAAUUUUCCACCUUAUAAAUUUUUACUUUUUACGAUAAGAAUCGGCGACUCCGGCUAAUCAGGGUUGUUAAAAGCAUAAAUACAUGAAUCCGAAAUAAAUAGUGUACAACCUAAAUUUUGAAUUGAAAAUUGUUUAAUAAGUUCAUAUUAACGGAAUAAACAUAUUGUGUUAAUGUUUUAGAUUGCAAGAUGUCAAAUUUAAAAAGCUUUAACACAGAAAAAUAUAAUGUAGCAUCUUUAAUUCAGGAUCGGGAGUAUGGUAGCACCGAUUGGCUAAUGCAAAGAAAACAUCAAUUUUCAUCAGCUUUCAUAAAUCGAUUGGAAAAAAUAGCCUUACUUAAAGGCCAUGAAGGCUGUGUUAAUUGUCUUGAAUGGAGUCAUAAUUCAAGAUUCCUUGCUUCUGGUUCAGAUGAUUUUAAAGUUAUAAUAUGGGAUGCUUUUAAGUCUGUAGCUGUGCUUAAUAUCAAAACAAAGCAUUGCGGUAAUAUGUUUUCUGUUAAAUUCUUGCCGCAACAAAAUGAUUCAAUUGUAGCAACAGGAGCAGCUGAUAAAUUUAUAUAUGUUUUUGAUAUUAACAAUCACACUGAACCAAUAUUAAGUUGUAAUUGUCAUAUGGCUCGUGUUAAACGCCUUGCUACGGCUCCUGACUCACCAAAAGUAUUUUGGUCAGCUGGAGAAGACGGUGCCAUUCUACAACUGGACUUACGUGAACGACAUAGAUGCCAAACAUCUGACAGUUCUAACCAUUUAAUUAACUUAGGAACAUAUAUAGAUGCAAAUGCAGAAGCGAAAUGUUUGGCAAUAAAUCCCUUACGUACAGAAUUUCUAGCAGUGGGUGCUAAUGAUCCUUAUGCACGGAUAUACGACAGAAGAAUGAUACGUUUCUUAAGUAGCACCAGCACGGGCACUGGAAUUUACAAUAUACCUAUAAAUUGUGUUAGUUAUUACUGUCCUGGUCAUAUUCAAAAAAAUAACUCUAAAUUUAUUGAUCAUGAAUCUCGUGCAAUUACCUACCUCACCUAUAAUGCGCUUGGUACAGAGUUAUUGGUUAAUAUGGGCGGAGAUCACAUUUAUAUUUAUGACUUAUUAAAUGCUGAAGCGCCUAUAUUUCUGAAUUUGCCUGAAUAUGUAAGUUCAGAUAUGGAUAUGGAUAUUAAUUAUAGUAGUGAUAGCAACUGUAGAAACUGUUCUACUACAAAUUACUCUAAACGUCGUAAGUUACCUGAGCAUAUAGAAACAUAUAAAAAAAUGGGAAACGAACUGCUUGAGAAUGAAAAAUAUUUACAGGCAAUUAAUAGAUACACUGAUGCAAUAGCUAAAGCACCAAAUUCUUCAGUUCUGUAUUUAAAUCGUGCUACAGCAUAUAUGCGUCGGUUAUGGUAUGGUGAUGUUUACGCUGCGUUACGUGAUUGUCAUCAAGCUCUUAGUCUUGAUCCUAGUUAUAUAAAAGCACAUUUUCGCCUUGCACGUGCUUUACUGGAAUUAGGUCGUCCACAAGAAGCUGAAGAAUGUGUUAGAGAAUUAAUUCACCGAUUUCCUAGUUAUGCUAACAAUCAUGGAGUUUUAAUGCUUAGCAAAGAUAUAAACGAAAUGCAACAAACCACUCAAUCACAUCAACAAGCUACUGAGGGUUACAACUUAUUGGAAUUGUCAGAAAAUGAAUUCUUAUGGCGUAAUAAAGCUAAGGAUUACAAAACUCGGUUUGUAGGCCAUUGUAACACCACUACAGAUAUAAAGGAAGCAAAUUAUUUAGGAAAGGAUGGAAAAUUUAUUGUUGCUGGAUCAGAUGAUGGAAAUUUUUUUAUUUGGGAACGCAAUACUGGUAAUAUACAGGCUAUUUACAAAGCUGAUAGAGCUAUUGUAAACUGUGUACAACCACAUCCAGAAAUUUGUUUAUUGGCUACUAGUGGAAUUGAACAUGAUAUAAAAUUAUGGGGACCGAUCGAAACAACAUCUGAGGGACCUUCACAAAUCGUUUCGAAUAUAGAUAAAUGCGUUGAAGAAAAUCAAAAAAAAAUGAGAACCGAUCCAUUUGAUUUAAAUACCAGAAAUGCGCUGUGUUGGAAUGGAUAAUGUACACAGUUCCUUACAUUUACAUUAUAUUUUUUUUAUAUAAUUGAUAUUUUAAUAAUGUUUUUAUCUCUUAGUGUGUAAUUUUUAGAACAAUUUGUUAAACAAUAAUAUAAUAAGAAAGCAAUACUAAAUGUCUAUAU